GGGGGAAGAAGGGCGUCAAGUAAGAGGAGGUUUCCUGCGCGCCAGAAGGCAGUGUGCGAGAGAACGUGGUCAGCGCAGGAUCAGCCUCUCUAGAACUACAAAGCCGUCACCAUGUCUGAGAGGAAAGCAGUCAUAAAAAAUGCUGACAUGUCUGAGGAGAUGCAGCAAGAUGCUGUUGAGUGCGCCACCCAAGCCCUAGAGAAAUUCAACAUCGAGAAGGACAUUGCAGCUUCUAUCAAAAAGGAAUUUGACAGAAAAUACAACCCUACAUGGCACUGCAUUGUAGGUAGAAACUUCGGAAGCUAUGUCACACAUGAGACCAAACACUUCAUCUAUUUCUACCUUGGUCAGGUAGCAAUCCUUCUCUUCAAAUCUGGCUAAAAUAAAGGGAUAUAAAUUCAAGAACUGUACAAAAAGAAUUAAGAGACUGACUGACUUAAAAGUUUGUUAAGGGAACAAACUCCCUAAUUUUCCCGGGUUUCUUUUUUUUUUUUUUUUGUGUGUUCCUGGGACUGGAACCUUAUUGUGCUGGCUUGUUUUCAUAAUGGUUAUAAAGCUGUUUUCAAACAAUACUUACAAUUGUAUUUAUUUUCUAUUUUGUUUUCUAAACAUUUUAUUAAAUGUUUCUUUUUAAUAACAGCA